AUGACGAGCAUUGAUAAGGACAGUUUCUCGCUGAGUGCCCUCGGCCACCAAGCGCAAAGCCAGCGCUUGUCUGCACCUCACCACUCCAUCUCGUGCGUCAGCCGAGAUGCACGGCAGAAUGUGUUCAUUACGGAGCACCAUAUCAAGCCAAACCGCUUGGGGCGAGAGUCACCAAAAGUGGACACGGUGAACUUGCCGUCCACGCUAGACACGAAUCUGGCAACGACGACUGGCCUCGGAUAUGGGGGUAGGUCGGAUUUCACCGCUCAGAAGGUGGAUCCGGAAAGCAUCCCCACCAACGAUGCCAUGAACCUUCUGCCGGAUGGUCAGCAGUUCAAGUACAAACGGGAGCCGAAGAUCGUCAUCGGCACUGAGCCCCGCUUCAGCUUGAAGGAGUCCACCCUUCUGAAGACCCACAAGGCCGCCUUCUUCGGCAGAUCCUCGCCGGGACCCGCCGCCGUGGGCGAUCAGUUUGGUCCAAAGUUCGAGGCCACGAAGCCGCGCAUGGCGGCGGCCUUUCCCUUCGCUCACAAGACCAAGCUUGUUUGGCCAGGGGUCUACAACAACCCACCCGAGGCCACGGCACGGGUGUUUUCUUCUUGGCCCUUGGCCGGAAGUCCUUCGAUCGAGAAUGACUUCAGGAGUUGCUUUGUUGUUUUUCCUCUGUUUUUCGUGUACCAGAGCAACUACAAGUGUGGCCAAAUGUGA